CGGUCGUUCGUCGCGGCCACGAAAACGCGGCGCAAACAGCAGAUCGAGUUAGUGACCAAAGCUCUGCAGGAGGAGGAAGACAAACUGCGGGAGGAGAGGGAAUGUUACCGCAUCUCCGCAGUGCCCGUCCACUUGCAGGCCGCCUACGAGCCCGCGCUCUUCCACACAGUGGAAGAACACGAGGAAGACGAGGACGAGGAGCGGGCGCCGCAACACAACAUUCAGUUGGCGCAAUCGGUGUUCCCGUCGAGUCUGUGUUCGGCGGCCGUCACGAUCAUCAACCUGUUGGACGACCCUCAGGUGAACGCCGAGGGGUCGGCCGUCUACGAGGUGGCCUACAAAGUGGUCUGGCACUGUCUGGUCGAGGACUCGGCGCUCUUCCUGCGCCACUUCCUCGAACGCCUCACUCGCGACAAACAGUGCGACAUCUUUCAGAUUCUUCGGCGACUGAUUCGCUUCGUGCCGCGACUUCCCGCGCAGGCGGCCUUCACGCUCUACAACUACCUGAUCGGGUUCGUCAUGUUUCACGUGCGGGCGCCGGUAGAGUCGUCGCAGGAA